UGUUUUUAGCACAAGAAAAAUAAAUAAAUAAAUGAAUAAAAUUUUAAAUAAUGAAAAUGCCCAGCUUACACAAAUAUCCUUUUUGACAAUAUUAUAAGUAGUUGAAUUAAUAAUAUGCGCAACAAAAGUAAAUAUUAAAAACACUGACUUGCAAUGCUAUAAGUAAAACAUGUGGGGCAUCUAUAAUGUUGUACAAUUAUUCAAUUAAUAUUAUUUAACUUUAUAAAAUCUGAUAUUUUAAUAUAAAUAAAUUGUGUAUAAUUUAAAAAUAUACAUAUUGUGUAUAUGAAUUUCAAGUUCUAUCGUAGAACAUUUUAAGAAAAUUUAAAUUAUAAAUUCAAACGCAAAAAAAAAAAAGAAAUGUGUUAAGUACCUAAAUACGCAAAAAUUUCAGAUUAUACAAGUGAAAAAUAAAUUCUUAAAAAUUUUUAUAUCAAAAUUAAUGAUAAAAGAUUUUUAUUUAUUGUUUUCUAGAUGCAAAAGAAAACGUGAACUCAAUUGUUAAAAAAAUACAGUGAAAAUUGAUUUAUUUACAAAUGUAGUGCACCUAGAAGUAUGCAAAAUUAAUGUAUUUAUAUUUUCUCUAAGGAAAUUCAAAGAAAAUCAAUAAAAAUCAAUUGCUAAUUGCAAAAUAUUAAAAUUUAAAAUAAUUUAAUUAAAAAAUUAAAAAAACAAAGAAAAUUAUUUCAAUAAAACAAGACGAAAAAUUUUUAAAAAAUAAUAAUGAUCACAAAAAUAUGAAAAAAUAAUAAUGAUGAAACCGAAAUAAAAAAAAUUACUUUAAAUAAAUGCAUAUAAGAUCAUCAUUUUUGGAAUUUCACUUAUAAACUUUUAGCCGAAUUUACAAAUGAUACUACCAUAUUACAAGAACGGAAAAAUAAUUGUAAAAUAACAUAACAAUUCAGUGGAAAAUCAACAUUUCAUCUAUUAUGUACAUUGCUUGCAACUUAAUUGAGAAUUGACAUUGUCGAGAAAUUAAAUUGGACAUUUUACUAAAUUAAUAUAAAGCAUAUACAGCAAUCUUUUUAAAAAAUAUUUUUUUUUUUUAAAUAUAAAAAUAUUAAUUUGGCAAGCAACAUAUACACACACACCCAAAUGAAUGAAAUAAGAGGAAAAUAUUUGUAUAUAUAGAAGAAUUUGAAAAAUUUCAAAAAAAAAAAAUAUAAAAUUAAAAAUGAAAAAUAAAAAACCCGAAGAAAAAGAACAGUAAAAAUUAAUCAAAAGAGAAACAAGAAAAAAAUUACAAAAAAACGACAAAAGCAAAGAAAAAAAAAUUAAAAAAAAAAAUUGUUAUCCUUGCAUAUAACAACUAAAAGUGACAUAACAUCAUUUGAAAUAUCUAAAAAUUUGAAGAAUUAUUUUUAUCAACAAACAUCAAAAAAAAACAGAAAAAUAUAACAAGAAAAAUUCCAAACAUUAACGGAUAUAUUUACAGAUUUUUUUUGUAAUACAAAUACUUCUACAUUUACACCAACGCAUAUAUAUAUAUAUAUAUAUAUAUAUAUAUAUACAUUUAGGAUUAAAUACAAUACGAGAUCCUCCGGUAUUAAAGUAUUUUUUUUCCUGUUUUUCUACUUUUUCACAUUUUAAUAUUUUUUUCAUAUUUUACGAAUACUUUUAUUGUAAAAAAAAAAAAACAACAUAAAAGUAAAAGAAAAAUAUAAAAACAAAUAAAAUUAAAUAAUAUAUAACUAUAUAUAUAUAAUAUAUACAAACAUACAAACAUGCAUUUAGUACAUAUUAAAAGUACAAAAAUAUUAUUUACGUUUGUGUAUGUAAAUAAAUAUAAUAUAUGAAAACCUGUUAGCACAUACGUAUACAAAGCAGAAAACAACAAACAACAAAAGAGAAAGAAAACUUUAUUCAAAAUAUAUGCAAUACACAUUUAUACAUACAAGAAAAUAUUUCAAAAAUUAUAUUUGAAGAAAAAAAAAAAACAAAAAAGAAGAAAAACAAAAUAAUAAUAACACAAAAUAAAACUAAAAACAAAGAAAAAAAAAACAAAUAUGGCUGUACCAGUUGAAGAGAAUGUUUUGAAUGCCCUUCGGGGAGUUGUUAAAGAGACAACAAGACUGCCAAAACCAUUAAUCAUAAAAAUUUACAUUGCAAGCUCAAAACAUGAAUUCAAAGAAGAACGUCGAAUGAUGCUUGAAUUAAUUGGACCAGAAUUACAAUCACAAUAUGAUGAUAGACAAAUCGAGGUCGAAAUGGUUGAUAUGCACUUUGGUACUGGACCAGAAAAUUAUUUAGCCUUGGAACAUGAUCCAUAUUUAAUUGAUGAUUAUUUAGAUGAAAUCGAAACAUGCCAUCGGGUAUCCAAAAGUACUUAUUUCAUUGCAUUAAUUGGCGAGACAAUCGGUAGGAUGUGCUUACCAACGAAAAUUACUGAUGAAAUAUUUUCAUCUAUCUUAAAUCAAUGUUGUGAUAGCGAUGAAAAAGAAAUAUGUUGUAAAUGGUAUACAAAGCAGAAUAAUGAUAAACACUAUAUCCUUAAGGAGGAUUAUAGAGAUAUGGAAAUUAAAGAAUGGAGAAAAGAAUAUCAAAAAUUAUCAGAUAUAAUUGAGAGAAGCUUACAACAAUUUCAAAAGACAUCAAAUCAAAAAUCGGAAGAAUAUAUGAAUGAAAUACAAAAACUUCAAAUGACACAAAUUGAAAGAGAAUGUGAACGUGCAUUAGAAUUUUCUUCAGAAAGAAUAAUAUCAGUAUUUCGUGAAUGGUCAACGCAAAAGAGCCCACUUGAUACUGAAUGUAGAGAACGAUUAAGUAAAUUAAAAGAUAAAUUAACUGAAACAAAUCAUUCAACGUUUAUAGUACCAGGUGAAGCUGCAACCAUCAUUGAUCCCGAUUUAGAUGAUCAUGAAUCUUAUUUAAAUAAAUUUAAAAAUAAAAUUUUUGAAAAAAUUAAAUAUGCAAUAGAAGAUCAUAUACAAAACGAUCCAGAUGUAAUUAAGGGGAGAAAAAAGACUGUCCAGGAAAUAUUUCAUGAGCAUUCAACACAUAUAAGAUUUGUACAAGAACAUCUUAAUUCAAAUAGUUUAAUAUCAUCAAAAGUACCAGAACGUUUACGUACAGUAAUACAACAAAAUUAUAAAAAUGGUUCACGUCAUUCACCAUAUUUUAUAUAUGGUACACAUGGUAUGGGUAAAUCAACAUUAAUAAGUGAAAUAUAUUUACAAUGUUCAAAAUGGUUACCAUAUAGUAAAGUACAUCGUGUUAUACGUUUUGGUUCAGCAACACCACGUUCAGCAUAUAAUUUAGAAUUAUUACGUGUUAUAUGCCAACAAAUUUCAAUAAUAUUUAAUAUACCAGAAGGUUAUUUACCAAAGGAUGCAUCUUUUGAUCCAUUAUAUAUUAAUAAUUGGUUUCAAAAUUUGUUAAAACGUUGCGAAGAUUUAAAUAAUGAAUGCCUUUUUUUAUUUAUCGAUGAUUUACAUAAAUUAAAUCCAUUAGAUUGUGAUAUUGUAGCAGCAUUAUCAUGGUUACCAAUUAGUUUACCAUGGAAUGUAUAUUUAAUAUGUAGCACAACAAUACCAAUUGAACAAUUAAAAUUUUCACCAAUACAAAAAGAUCGUUUUAAAAGUAUAGAAAGUUUAUAUGAUUUAGCAAUGGAACAAAAUCAAACAAUUGUAAAAGGAAUGAAAGGAUAUGAAGAAAAAGAAAAAAAUGAAGAUGAAAAAGAUGAUAAUAAUAUAAUAAUGAAAAUAUCAUCAACAAUAUCAUCAACAUCAUCAUCAACAUCAAUAAAUAAAAUAUAUGAUAAUAUUAAUAUAAAUGAUAAUGAUGGUGAUGAUGAUGAUGAUAAUAAUGAUAGUUUAAGUAAUAAUGAUAAUGAUAAUAAUUCAAAUGGAAUAAAUAGAAAUAAUUGUAAUAGUAGAAAUAGUAGUAUUGGUAGCGGUAGUAUUGGUAGUGUUGGUACAACACAACUAAUUAAUAAUGAUAGUAAUAAUUUAAAUAGCACUAAUACAAUUAGUAAUAAUGUAAUAAAUAAUUCAAGGACAUCACGUGAAUUUAAAAUAAAAAUUGAAAAUUUAUUUAAUCAUCUUGAAAAGAAAUAUGGUAAAAAAAGUUUUGGUAGAUUAUCAGCAUUGAUUACGUGCUCUGAAUAUGGUUUAUCGGAAACGGAAUUACUUGAAUUAUUAAUGCCAACAGAUAGUCCAGAUGCUUUGAUUGAAACCCAACAAGGAAAUUUUAACUUUUCAUCAUUUCGGAAAAUACGUAACGAAAUGUUAAGACUAUUAAUAAGAGAAAAAAUAAUGUCUGGUAAAGUAUUAAUUGAAUGGCGUCAUGGAUAUUGUAAAGAUUUAGCAAAAUCAAGAUAUUUAGAUAGAACAAUUGAAAGAGCAAUACAUACAGAAAUUGCAAAUAUAUUUUUUAGUCAAGAACAAGAUGAAAGUGAUGAAAUUACAAGUGAAAAAACUGAUAGUACCGUAAGCCAACAGAAACCAAAAGAAGAAUCACCGAAACCACAAGAAGACACAACAUCAAGUUUUUAUAACCCACCUGGAUUUGAGAUAUCUUAUAGUAUACGACAUGUUGAAGAAUCAUGGCAUCAUUUGAUGCGUUCAGAUGAUACAUUAAAAUUUAAACAGAUUGCUGUUUGUAAUUUUGAUUUUCUUUUAGCUGCCGUGCAAACCGUAUCAAUAAGUUAUUUAAGGUGUUUAAUUGAACAUGUACGUUGUUAUAUUCUAGAUCGUGAUAUUGAAUUAAUUUAUUAUACAAUACGAAAAUCAAGUGAUGUUUUAACACGUGAUCCAAUGCAAUUAGGUGCUCAGUUAAUUUCAUGGUUACGUCCAAUAAAUGAACACGAUGAAAAUGAUAAUUCAAUUCUUAGUAUAACAGUUAGAUCAGCAACAGCAUGGUGUGAUGGUUAUACAGUACCAUUAUUAGUACCAUUAACAGGUUGGUUACCACCGCCUUUACCAUCACAAAUUCGUACAAUGACUGUAUCUGGUACUGGUUCAAUACGUGAAAUAUGUUUGGGACCAUCAAAACAACAUUUAAUAUUAGCAACAAAAACUGGUGAUGUACAAAUGUGGCAUAUUAUGAGUAAUAGUUUAGUGCAUACAUUUAAAGGUCAUACAGCUCCUGUUACAUGCAUGUUAGUUCCAAUUAAUACAAAUCUUUUAGUUACUGGUUCUGAAGAUAAAACGGUCAUCAUUUGGGAUGUGAACAAUCGUAAUUUAAAGUAUCAAAUUAAGGAACAUGUUGGAGGUGUUUGUUGUGUAACAUCUGCUAUGAAUAAUAAAUUAGUUAUUAGUGGUGGGAAUGAUUCUUGUAUUGUAAUAUCAAAUCUCCAAACGGGAAAGGUGAUGAUUAAAAUGGCAUGUCAUCGUGGUCCAGUAACAUCACUUAGAGUUAGUUUAGCUAGCGGUGUAUUAAUAUCAUCAAGUAUGGAUAAAAUGAUAUGUUUAUGGAAUUUAGAUAAUUAUGAAUUAUUAAAUUCAAUACAAAUGCCUAGUCCAGUAUUAAGAGCUGAAAUUUCAUGUGAUUCUGUAUUUCUGUUAGCUCUCUGUGAAGAUAAUUUAUUGUAUUUAAGAACUUUAGCAACAUUAACCGAAUUACAUCAGCUAAAAGGGCACAAAUCAAGGGUUCGUACAAUGCAAAUAGCAAUGGAUAGUCAAAGAGCUAUAAUUGGCUGUGAUGAUGCAAGAGCAUUAAUAUUUGAUAUGCAUUCUGGUCGAUUAGUACGUUCUUUACCACCAAAUCCUGGUGCUGUAACAGCUGUUUAUGUAACAGAUAAUGAUGAUUUUUUAAUAACAGUUGGUGGCAAUAAAAUAACAUUUUAUUCAUUUCGUAAUGAAGAAAUUUAUUUAAAUCCAUUUUCACAUCAUCAUAAACGUAAACGUUCUAUAAAACGUUUACCAUCACAACGUUCAACAAAUUCAUCAAAAUUACCACCAGUUAAUUGUUUUGAUGUAUCAAGAGACUCACAAUUAGCAGCAAUUGCUGCUGGUAAAUCAGUACAUAUUAUGCAAAUAAAUACACCAAUAUAUCAAACAACAUUUGAUGGUCAUACUGGUACAGUAACAUGUGUUAGUUUUUCACCAAAUAGUGAAUUUGUUGCAUCCGGUUCGGAAGAUAAAACAGUUCAAAUAUGGAAUUUAUCAUUACAAAUAUCAGCAACUACAUUUAAGGGUCAUAAUGCGGCAAUCAAUUGUGUUGUUGUACUUAUGGAUUCUAGACGUGUUAUAUCAUCGGACCGAGACAGUUACUUAUAUGUAUGGCUUGCCGAUUCAGCAACACUUUUACAAACAGUUCAAGGACCAUAUAAAAUUUUAGCAGCAACAAAUAAUAUGAAAUUUGCUGUUUGCACAAAUGGUGACAAUAGCUUAAAAAUAUGGUCAUUGACACGUGAAGAUGAAAAAUAUACUGUAUCACAUUCAGAUGAAAUAACCUGUUUUGUUAUCACCGUUGAUUCAUUAUAUGUUAUAACUGGUUCAAAGGAUAUGUCACUUAAAGUUUGGCAAGCAACUGGUGGUAAAUUAGCUCAAGUAUUAGUUGGACAUAGUGAUGCUGUUACAUGUGUUGCUGUAUCGGUAACAAAUAAAAAUCAAGUUAUAUCUGGAUCAAAAGAUUACAAUUUAAUUGUAUGGGAUAUACAUACGGGUGAAGAAAUUCAUACAUUAGCAGGACAUUUAGCACAAGUUACAUGUGUUAAAGUAUCAGCUGAUGGUACAACAGCAGUAUCGGCAAGUGAUGAUAAAACAUUAAUUGUAUGGGAAACUAAAAGGGGUUUAGCAUUAACAUCAUUACAACUUCAUAUACCAUUUACUCGUUUUGAUAUUAGUUUAGAAUGCUCAAGGAUAUUAGUUCAAUUAAUUGAUACAUAUAAUAUACCAGUAAUAUGCCUUCAUAAUACACCCGCUAAUUUUAUUAAACUACCAACAUAUUCAGCACCAGCUAGAGAUGUUGAAGAUUUAAGACCACAAGGUCCAAAACGUCAAAUGAAACGUUUAUUAAAGAAAGAAGUUUCAUUGGAUACGUAUACUUGGCAAAAGAAAUAUGGUCAUUUGACAUCAUCUGUAAUGAUGGCACAAGUUGAUGAACGUUUAAAAAGACGUUUUUCUGUUUCUGCUAGCAUGGAAGAAAUAUCUAAAAUUGCUGAAAUGAAAACUUUAACAUCUCAAACAAAUUUAGGUCCAGAACAAGCUGCAUUAGCACAAUCACAACAUUUUGAUCAAUUAGAAGCAUUAUGGAAUAAAAGAUCACCACCUAGAAGACGACAUAAUUCUAGUUUAUCAAGGCAAUCAUCAUUAGUUGAAGAUCGUUUAGAAUCAUCUGAUGAAGAUGAUUUCCAAGAGGAACGAACAGGAAGACGAUUGUACUAUCGGUAAUCGUAAGUGAAAGAUUUCAAAGAAUCAAAAAAAAAAAAAAAACAAGAAAACAAUUUUCAAUUAUUGUAUAAUUUACAUAAAUUAUAUUUAUAUUAAAUAUUUAAGUAUAUUUAAUUUACUUAUAUGUAUAUAGAGAUAUAUUCAUAUAAAUAAAUUAAAAAUACAACAUAAUAGUAACUCUAUUUAUACUUAAUAUAAAUUACGUCACACAAAUCUCUGUUUAAUAUAUAUAUUUAUAUAAUAAUAUUUAAUUUACCACCAUAAUAUUUAAUAUGUCUUUUAGAUAUAAUUUUAUGUAAAGUUAAUAAAAUAAAAAAAAAUUUUUGUAUUUUAAUAUUUAAUUAAAAUUAAAAAAUUUUUUAAUAUCAUAAGAUGCAUCAUACACACAUACAACCUAUAUGUAUGGCUCAUAUUCUGCACAAAUAUG